CAAGUUCAGGUAGCAGUUCAAAAAGGGGAGGAAGGGGUUUUUCCCGGCUUGUAAGCGUCUUUCUCUUCCCAUACCACCGCCUGUGCAAUCUUUGAAAUAAAUCAGAACCCUAGAUAGAGAGACUUUGUUAGCGAGAGAGGCUUUUUCUAGUUAGGGAGGCCCAUUUCCAUGGAGAUCGUCUCUCUUCCUGUCGGCACAUGUUCCAAAGAGCACCAGAAGAUCUAUCAGCAGUGGUUCAACUAUGCUGAUUCCGAUGGUGAUGCGCGGAUCACUGGAAAUGAUGCCAUUAAACUCUUCUCUUUGUCUAAAUUGUCGAGACCAGAGCUGAAGCAGGUAUGGGCUAUUGCUGAUUCGAAGCGCCAGGGAUUUCUUGGUUUCAAGGAGUUUAUUACUGCAAUGCAGUUAAUUUCACUGGCACAAUCAGGGCAUGAAAUAACUCCUGAUGUCUUAGCCAGCACAGACUUGGAGAACUUGAAUCCUCCUCCAAUGGAAGGUCUAGAUGGAUUAAUAGCUAGGGGUAAGCCAUCACCAACAAAGAGCGAAUCUGAUUUGAAUGGAACACCUCGGCAGCAAACACAAUCGGCUCAAUGGUUCACUUCAAAGUCUGCAAAGAAGGUACCCUUAAAUUCUGUGACAUCCAUCAUUGAUGGUUUGAAGAGGUUAUAUUUGGAGAAGCUAAAGCCUUUGGAAGUGACCUACCGAUUCAAUGAUUUUGUUUCUCCAUUAUUGACUAACAGUGACUUUGAUGCCAAGCCAAUGGUUAUGCUCUUGGGUCAAUACUCUACUGGAAAAACCACAUUUAUCAAGCAUUUACUUAGGUCCAGUUAUCCUGGAGCUCACAUUGGACCAGAGCCAACAACGGAUCGCUUUGUAGUUGUUAUGUCAGGGCCUGAUGAACGGAGCAUACCUGGUAAUACAAUUGCAGUGCAAGCAGACAUGCCUUUCAGUGGUCUCACAACAUUUGGAUCUGCUUUCUUAUCAAAAUUUGAGUGCUCACAAAUGCCACAUCCACUGCUGGAGCAUAUUACAUUUGUUGACACUCCUGGAGUUCUCUCUGGAGAAAAACAGCGGACCCAACGCAGCUAUGAUUUCACUGGUGUUACGUCAUGGUUUGCAGCAAAAUGUGACCUUAUUCUUUUGUUAUUUGAUCCACACAAACUUGAUAUCAGUGACGAGUUCAAGCGUGUGAUUGGAUCUCUACGUGGCCAUGAUGACAAGAUACGUGUGGUUCUUAAUAAGGCAGAUCAGGUUGACACUCAGCAGCUGAUGAGAGUAUAUGGAGCAUUGAUGUGGUCACUCGGGAAGGUCUUGAACACUCCGGAGGUUAAUCGAGUUUAUAUUGGUUCAUUCAAUGAUAAGCCCAUAAAUGAAGGAGCCAUUGGUCCAAUUGGAAAAGAGCUGUUUGAGAAAGAACAGGAGGAUCUUCUAUCUGAUUUGAAAGAUAUUCCUAAAAAAGCUUGUGAUCGACGUAUAAAUGAAUUUGUAAAGCGUGCUAGAGCUGCCAAGAUUCAUUCCUAUAUUAUCAGUCAUCUUAGGAAGGAGAUGCCUGCCAUGCUAGGCAAAGCAAAGACUCAACAGCGUCUCAUUGAUAAUUUGGAAGAUGAAUUUGCUAAGGUGCAGCGAGAGCACCAUCUUCCAGCUGGGGACUUCCCUAAUGUGGAGCAUUUCAAGGAGGUUUUGAGUGGGUAUAGCAUCGAUAAGUUUGAGAAGCUCAGGCCCAAGAUGAUACAAAAUGUUGAUGAUAUGCUUGGUUAUGAUAUCCCUGAGCUCCUUAAAAAUUUCCGGAACCCUUAUGAGUAACUGUGAGAAGCAUUGCUAUGGCGCACUAUAGAACCGGUCUACAAUUAGGAUGGAAGAGAGAAGCAUUAUAUAUGAGUCUUAGUGAUUGGUGAUUGGGAUCUGAUUCCCCGAAGGAAGGAGGGUAAUUUUCUUUUCUAAGUAAGACUUGUGGGAUAUGUGUUCCAGGCUAAAAAGGCAUGUAUAUCUGUUUAAUAUAUUCAUCUCAAUUUUUUCUUGAUAUUUAUUUCUUGAUAUUAAAUUUGAUGCACGGUUGGAAGUCCAUUGGUGGCAUGUGUAAAGAGUGUACUUUGAUAUGUUGUGUAGGCUUUCGUUCUCUCUUUCCAACAA